AUGGGCAUGGCAGAUUGGACACAGUGCCGGGGCCUCAUGAUGCUUGUUCGCACGGACGCCUUGUCGCCCCAGAUAUUGGCGCACAACUGCUUAAAGUCUGAGAUCAAGACCAUGGCAACCACGCCGCCCCGAAUGGAGCCCGUGGAAAGUAUUGUGGAGCAUCGUUCGGCCCAGAACAUUGCGUUGCGGUGGAAGAUUCCAUGGGGCAACGGCGACGUUAUCCGCAGGAUCGAGGUGAAAUGGCAUUUUCAGGUAUCUCCCAACGGCAAAGCCCUGCAUGCCAUGAGUUUCCUGUGGUGGCCCAUGCUGCACCAGCCAGCGUUUGCAAACGACUUCACUUGCAGGACAUCGAGAUUUGAUACCGCGACGUCCCGGAUGCCCUUCUUGGAGUCUCAGUUUCGGACCUUCAUUCUCGGUGCUUGGUGCGCUGUUCUUUUGUGGUUCUUCACUGGAACAGUCAGUCUUGUGAAGCUGUGCUUCUUCCUCGAAUUCUCAUGUAGCCGCGGGCCUUUCGGAGGUUCCAGCAUCGAUCCAAACUCCGUGUCCGUGCACGUAGGAGAACAGUUGACCGUGCUGGAGAAGAGCCAUGAUGGAACCUGGAUGCUCAUUGCCCUUGAGAACGGCAAGCACGGCUGGGUUCCGAGCAUCUGCUUGGCCCUUGAACCUCGACCCGAGCAGCGCGCGGACUCGCCCAAGAGCAUGGACUCGCCCAAGAGCGUGGACUCGCCCAAGCGCGUGGAAUCGCCCAAGCGCGUGGAAUCGCCCAAGUCUGUGCCCACGACUCCGGCGCCUACCUGCGAGCCCACAGUCAUCGUUACUCACCCGGAGUACAUGGACCAGACCACGAGGCGCGAGCUCCUGCGAACGAUCUCAGAUCACCAGCAGGGCCUUACCCCGAAGGAAAAGCUUGGUCUCUUCAAUUCCAAAAUCCCACGAUGCAGCUGCCUCGACGGACUCAAACGACUCUGCGGCUGCUGCGCGAAAUGA